AUAAUGAAUGCGGGAAAACACUUUGUGACAUCACAGAAGUCUUUGGACCCAUUGUCAUGAAACUGAGAUUGAGUCACUUGAUUUGGUGACAUCCCCUUUCUGUGGCUGCUGACUCUUUUCCGUUGUCUGCAUUCAGAACGAGAGCAAAAAAAUUUUUAGGGGAAGUGUAAGUCGCAGCCCGCUCUUCCGCCCCCACUGCACAGCCUCACAAACUUUCGCUUCCAGUCAUAAGAUACAUGCUAAAGGACAUGUAGGCAUGUGCAACGUAACGGGUUUUCCUGGAACCGUGGUGAUGAAAAUAAAAUUUCCACCAGCGAGGAAACGACAACAUUAUAAAACGGGAGUCACUUUGUUCAGCUGCCAAGUGAGAGAUUGGUGACCAUUUAUAGCUGCAUCGCCCAGUCGACAGUCCGAAUUUUGUUCAUUUCUCAAUGGAAAGCAACGGCUCCCUUUAUGUUUACGACUUGGUCCAAGAUUACCUGCAACAUGUUUCCCACGCAACGGAGUUUGAACCAGCACUCAGCAAACCGGCCCAAGUCUUACGAAAAGUGGCUUCUUCGCUUCAGGAAGAAGUUGAAGGCAACCUAAGGCCGUACCUGGACUCAUUGGAGAUCGGUUCUGUGGACGAUGCCAGGCGAAUCUUCAGCCAAGUGAUGGAAAGGGAGUUUGCCGAUGGGCAGACCAACUGGGGACGGAUUUUAACCAUAUUCCUGUUUGGAGGGAUCUUGACCAAAAAGCUCCAAGGAUGCGGUGUCCCUUUGACUAAAGAAAACCUGGAGCAGAUGUCUCAUUUUAUGACUGACUAUAUUGUAAAUACCAAAGCAAAGUGGAUCAAUGAAAAUGGAGGAUGGGACAAUGGUUUCGUCACAAAGUUUGAGGACAAAGGUUCCUGGCUGUCCUUGCACAACGUGAAGUCAAAAGUGAUGGCUGUUUUCUCCUUCUUCACUCAAUAUUACUGAGGAAACUGGAUUCCUUGAUGAUCACAGGACAAAUAAUGCAGUCAGAUCUGGGAAAGAUCCCCAUGCCAAGAACACGGAGGCUGCUGCACUGAGCCAGAAAGCACUUCCUUUUCUAUGUUUCUAUUUAUACACUAUUUAUUUGUAAAUACGGAACUUUUGCAUUGUAUUAAAAACGUACAAUAUUUUCAAUUGGAUGUCUUUUGAAUUAUA